AUGGCCCCCGAGAUGGACCAGUUCUACAGGUCCACCAUGGCCAUCUACAAGAGCAUCAUGGAGCAGUUUAACCCCGCCCUGGAGAAUCUGGUGUACCUGGGGAACAACUACCUCCGGGCCUUCCAUGCUCUGUCCGAGGCGGCCGAGGUAUACUUCAACGCCAUCCAGAAGAUCGGAGAGCAGGCCCUGCAGAGUUCCACCUCGCAGAUUCUGGGGGAGAUCUUGGUGCAGAUGUCGGACACCCAGCGGCACUUGAACUCUGACCUGGAGGUGGUGGUGCAGACAUUCCAUGGAGACCUGCUGCAGCACAUGGAGAAGAACACCAAGCUGGACAUGCAGUUCAUUAAAGACAGCCGCCAGCACUAUGAGAUCGAGUACCGCCAACGAGCUGCCAACCUGGAGAAGUGCAUGUCCGAGUUGUGGCGUAUGGAGCGCAAGAGGGACAAGAAUGCGCGGGAGAUGAAGGAGAGUGUGAACCAGCUACAUGCACAGAUGCAGGCCUUCGUGUCUGAGAGUCAGAGGGCAGCUGAACUGGAAGAGAAGCGACGCUAUCGCUUCCUGGCAGAGAAGCACCUGCUGCUUUCCAACACCUUCCUGCAGUUCUUCAGCCGGGCCCGGGGGAUGCUGCAGACCCGCGUGCUGCUGUGGAAGGAGCAGUCGGAGGCCAGCCGCAGCCCGUCGCGCGCCCACUCCCCGGGCCUGCUGGGCCCCGUGCUGGGGCCGCCCUAUCCCUCGGGCCGCCUGACGCCCACCCGCCUGGACAUGCCCCAGAGGCCUCUGGGAGAGCUCGGAGCCCCCCGCAGCCGGCCCGGCUCCGGCUCCGGCCCCUACGGCCCCGAGCCCUGCGAGGCGAGGUCCGCGUCCCAGCUGGAGCCAGAGCGCCGGCCCCUGCCCCGGACGCCGUCGGCCUCCUCGCUGCACGCCGGCGGCCCCCAGCGCCCGCGCUCCGACUCCUGCGGCGGCGGCGGCCGGAGAGUGCGCGCCCUGGUCUCCCACUCGGAGGGCGCCAACCACACGCUGCUGCGCUUCGCGGCCGGAGCCGUCGUGGAGGUGCUGGUGCCCGAGGCGCAGAACGGCUGGCUCUACGGCAGGCUGGAGGGCUCGUCCUCGAGUGGCUGGUUCCCCGAGGCCUAUGUGAAACCUUUGGAGGAAGUGCCCGUGAACCCAUUGAACCCCAUGACCUCCAUGAACCCCAUGAACCCUAUGAACGAGCUACCUUCCAGGUCCUACCCACUCCGGGGCAGCCACAGCCUUGAUGACCUCCUGGACCGGCCAGGCAACUCCACAAUGUCCUCGGAGUAUUGGGACGGCCAGCCCCGCUCCCGUACCCCGAGUCGGGUCCCGAGCCGCGCCCCCAGCCCUGCACCUACACCCUUGUCUGGCAGCCGCCGAAGCAGCAUGGGCAGUAUGGGGGUGGCCAGUGAUGUCAAGAAACUUAUGUCCUGGGAGCAGCAUCCCCCAGAGCUCUUCCCACGGGGCACGAAUCCCUUUGCCACUGUAAAGCUGCGACCCACCGUCACCAACGACCGCUCAGCACCCCUCAUCCACUGA